AUGCGUCUCGAACCAUGCUACUUCUGCUCCGUUACUGUCUACCCCGGACACGGCACCCUGUUUGUCCGUAAUGACGCCAAGACGUUCCGCUUCUGCUCGUCCAAGUGCCACAAGAACUUUAAGAUGAAGCGCAACCCUCGCAAGGUUCGCUGGACCAAGUCGUUCCGCCGCGCGAACGGCAAGGAGAUGGUUGUGGACUCGACGUACGAGUUCGAGAAGCGCCGCAACGUGCCUGUGCGCUACGACCGCGAGCUGGUCGCGUCGACGCUCGAGGCCAUGAAGCGCGUCCAGGAGAUCAAGACCAAGCGCGAGAAGGCGUUCUGGAAGAACCGCAUGAGCGGGAACAAGGCGCGCACGCUGCGCGAAAAGGCCGUCGACAUCGAGAAGCACAUCGAGCUCGUGCAGCCCCGCACCGGCGGUGCGCUGCAGGAGAAGCAGGCUGCGCGCGAGAAGAUCAAGAUCCGCGCGGCCAAGCGGUCUGCCAUGGCCGACGACAUGCUCCGCCCCAAGAAGGCGGCGCGCACGAGCCGUCUCGUGCCCGCUGCUGGUGGGGGCAUGUCGAUGGGCAUGGAUGUCGAGUAG